AUGGACUUAGGGCUUCCGUUGGUAGACUUCUUUUUGCGAGUGCUUGCCAUCUUUGACCAAGAGGUUGUCAACGACGAAGUCGCCCGAAGCAACGAGGAUCGGCAGCGUGGUCAUCAGAUCAAACACGCGAUGCGUGAGCGCGAUGUAGUGUCGCUGGUCGAGUGCUGGUACAAGAUCUUGACCACGUUGAAGGGUGCUGCACCACACAUGGUGCGGGACUGUUUGAAAGUGACAGCUCUCUAUGUGGUGUGGAUUGAAAUCCUCACGGUGGCCAACGACAAGUUCUUAAGUGCAGUUUGCAACGUGAUUGCAGAAGCUUCGGAUAGUGCUGGUGAGGCUUGUGAAUGCCUGGCUGCAAUCGUCAGCAAGAAGAUGCCAGCCAGCAAGAAGGUGCAAAUGCUCAGCGAGUUGCAAAUCUUUGCGCGUCUCGAGGCAUGUGUCCAUCGAGAUGGUUCAGACCAUCAGCUCCUCGUCAAGCAGGCGGACAUGAUAAACUCUGUCGGAGAGGUGACCUUGGAGGCCUACGUUGACCUUCGUGUUCAAAGCGAUGCUGACAGCGCGAGGUUGGCCCAGGUUGCAUGGGAAUCCACCAAUGCACUGAUGCCACUAGUUUUCUGGUUCUUUGCCCACAAGGAGCAUCAAGUAGCCGUGUGCGUCGAGCCCUUCUUGACCGAGUUCUUUGUUAAGGUUAAAAGUUUCGUUGCAGACGGUCAGAAGGGUGAUAUGGAGAUGGCUCCUUGUCACUCUGUUUCACUGGAGCAGGUCAGACCCAUCUUGAUGCAGACGCUGCAGCUGAUCAUUCAAAGAACUUCCUAUCCACCUUGGUUUCAGCACAACGACCCGAACUUUGAGGAUGAAGAGCAGCAUGUUGCAUUCAUCGAGUUUCGACGAAGCCUGACGAAGAUCUACAAGCGCAUCUUCUUGGUCGAUGAGCAGCUUGGCUUCCAGUUCGUGCAAGCAUCGGUUGCUCAGCUCACCACGAAUCUUUCGGGCGUGCAGCCCAUGGAAGUGGAUGCAGUCCUCUACCUCUUCAAGGAGGCAGGAGAGACAGUGAGGCAGCUGGAGCAGCACUUGCAGGUAGACUGCUGUAUUGACGGCAAACAGAGGGGCGGUGAACGUGGCUGUCGGGCUCCGAGAGAGCGUGGGAUGCGCAUUCUCGUUUUCCAUGGCUACUCGAGCAAUGGCUCUUGGCAGCAGCACAGGGACAAGCGACUGCAGAAGCUGCUCUCUUUCUUCAAUGUGUGGCUACAUUACAUAGACGGGCCGGUGCAGCUUCCUCCAUUUUCAGCAGAAGGCAUCCAUCGACGUUUGUCCUGGUGGUCAAUCAAAAGAGAGGGUAGCUGGACAAAGCUGCUAGCAUACUUGCAUGAGGUAUUCCACAGGGAUGGACCGUUUGAUGGAGUAAUGGGAUACAGCCAGGGCGCUGCUGUUGCUGGCGGUCUGGCUGCAGAGAUGCUGGUGGGGCACUUCCCCGGCAUGUUCCGGUUUGCCAUUGUGGUUUGUGGUUAUCUGGCCACGACUCCAGAUCUGAAGCAGCUUAUCGAGUUGCUAGACCGGCAGGAGCGUCCAGGGGAGUCUCACACAGCCGUUUUGCGCUGGCGGCGAUGGAAGAGCGUUGACAUUCCGGAGCAGAAGUCAUUCCGCCUUCCGACGUUGCACAUAAUGGGAGAAGCUGAUAAGGUAACUCCUGUGAGAAUGAAUCUGGAAAUGGCAAGCCUGUUUGCAGAUCCUGUUCGUGUUCUCGUUCGCCAUCCUGGUGGCCAUCAUCUGCCAUUUGCGACUGAGCCCAUACGGUCCCUCGUGCUUUUCUUGGUUCCCUUCAUGGAAGCUAAAGAUGCAUCGCGUGUGCUCAAGGAGGUGGGGGACGGCCAAGAGCUUUGUCUACAAUGUGCCUCUUUCCGAUCAGAAGGAGCUUCGCACGAUAGGAGGUGGUAUUGCGAGGCAUGCUGGGCACUCUGGCAGUCCAUGGCCCCCCUGUCAAGCGAUGACGAGGAGGUUGGCCUCGUCAUGGAGCUGAGCCUGGUGGAGCAAAGCUUCUACCCUCCAAGAGGCGGUCCAGAAGCUUCGCUUUGUGCUACUGAACUUGCCAAAGGCCCGCUGGCUGGCUGUUUCGUGCAGCUUAUCGAAUGUGAGGCAUUAGUCAAUGCCGAUCACUGGGCAGUUCAGCUUGCACUGAUGGAGGUGUAUGUGAAGUAUGGCAAGCUGUUUGCAUUACACCAGGAGCUGUUCCCAAGGUAUGGGCAGAAGGUGCUACAAGCCCUGCUGAGUCCCCGAGGUGUCCGUUCCAACAAUCCUCAUCUCGCGGCUCGCGCUUGCUUCAUGUUCGGACGCUUUGUGAAGUUGGUCAGAGUCCAGGCUGCAGCCCUUGUGGUACAGAUCCACGAAGCCUUGCGGGAUCUCCUCAUUGUACAGUAUGUUCCUUCAGCACUCCUUCCUGUACAGGCGGAAGUGUCGCUGACCAAAGUCGCUGUCAAGGGUGCGCUUAAGGCGGACGACCAGGCCAACCUCUUCGAGGCACUGGCAUGCCUCGCAGCUGCGAGCAGACCAGAAGAGCUCCCGGCAAAGCUGGAGAUGCUGCUGAAAGGCCCUGCACAAAACUUGUCGGAGAUUGUAACUGAUGCAGCGGCAUCACGAGCUGGAAACGAUAUAGCCGGCUGCGCUGGCUGGGCUGGACGAAGCAUUGAGGCCAUUGCCACAGUCAGCAAAGCUUUCAACGUUUCGCAUGCAAGCACAGCCACUGCUUGGGAGCAGGUCUUGAUGAUUGUAGCCCGCAUUCUGGAGAAGUUUGUCAACCAGUUGAAUCGUGAGAUUGGGCUUUGGCGAGCUGCCUUGUUCCUUUGCCGAAGGAUGGUAGAAGUGCUGGGCGAUCGUUUCCUGACCGUCCUGGAUACCUUGUUCCCUUUCCUGUAUGCUACGAAUGAUCAGGCAGAUUUGACAGAGCUGACGAUUUUUGCGCAUCACCUGGUGUGCCAAUAUCAGAAGAAGACUCAGCCCCAUCUUCAAAAGUGGCCAAAGCUCAGCGACGUCUUCAGCGGUUCUUGGAGCAAAAAUUUGGUCCAGCGCAUCAACAAGAUUGAGUUCAGCGAGGUGUUGCGCAAGUAUCAGUACCCGGGGAAUAUACAAAAGCUUUUCAGCGAGCUUGAUGAUGAUCGCUCCGGUGAGAUCACCAUGUAUGAAAUCGAUCCGGCCCAAGCUGCAGCCUUCCUGCAUAAGGCGGUGGCAUUUUCCAUCGGUCGAUCGAAAGCUGAGGUGCUGUGGAGCAGCUUCCGUCUCUGGUGCAUGAAGACCUUUCGAUCCGUCGAAGAGCUCCUGACGCGGCUUGGGAACACCAACGAGGAGCGCCUCAAAACCCGGCUGACCAUCAAAGCACGCCACUCCGCCAUCACGGAAGAGCAGUUCCAGAAGCGCAUCAAGGAGAUGGGAUGGCAGCAUGGUCAGGAGAAGCUUCUCUUCAGCGGCCUAGACUGCGAUGCAUCAGGCAAGCUGGGCCGCGAAAGCUUCAGGUGGUUGGAGGCAGAGUUCCACCGCAUUCAGCGGAAGAUGGAAGCAAAGAGCCGUGCAAUCCAUUCGCUCCGCAAGCAGCAAGCACGUGAAGCCCAGGAGCAGACCAUGAACCGCUUCAAGGAAUACCUGGUGAAGAAGCAUGGGAACCUUGUUCGGGCAUGGCGAGUGGUCUUGUGCAGCAACGACGUUAUGUCCAUCCCAAAGACUCCGUUCCUGAAGGCCUGCGCUCUAAUCGGCUUCUCACAUGAAGCGCGCGAUCUUUGGCACGUCUUGGACAAAGAUGAAAGUGGGUUUGCAGCAUUGGAAGAGCUGGAUCCCCCCAGUGCUGAGGCACUCGCGCGCUUCAAGGCGUUCCUGGAAAGUCGUUUUGGAUCAGUCACGCAAGGCUUUGCAUCACUGGAUUCGGACUCUGGGAAGAAAGUAAGCUACAAGCAGUUUGAGAAGUCCUUGCUUGAGUGGGGCUGGUCUGGCCAUACCAAACAGCUCUUCCAACAUUUAGACAAGUCUGGCUCCAAAAUGAUCGAGGAGUCCGAUUUCAGGUUUUUGGAGAAAUGGCAUCCUCAUCUGUACUUCGUUGUAGAAGCAAAUCAUGCCGCCAGAGAAGAAAUCCGAGAUCUCAUUGGACAGAAGUACGGUGGGCAUUUUCUCAAGGCGUGGAGGCAGCUUCUUGACAAAGACGGCAGUAACCGCUGCAGCUGGUCUGAGUUCCAGGCUGCAUGCCACAGGAUUCGAUACCAUGGUGACGUUGCUGGUGCCUGGCGGGCGUUUGAUCAGGACCUUUCUGGGUACAUCACGCUGAAUGAAUUGGACUCAGAGGCAAGCACUACCCUUUCCAACUUCAAGAGCUGGGCGUGGCGGGAGUUUGGCACAGUGAGAGCGGCAUUCAGUGUAUUCGACCACGAUGCAUCCAACAGCCUUACAUUCCAAGAAUUUCGUGGCAACUGUCGCAUCUAUGGUUACGUAGGCAAUGCACGUCAGUUGUUUGCAGCCUUGGAUGUAAACCAAGAAGGUGUUUUGUCGAUGCAGGAAACAUGUUUCUUGGACGACUGGGAAAUUGACAACAAUUCACAAGAAGAGAGGACGCACCUCGAGAAGCGAGAAAGCCAUAUUCGUCGAAUUGAUGACACGGUCCGAAAGCACGUGCAGAAGCAGGCGCGACCCGAGAGGCUGUCUGAACUCUCCUGCCGAUCGCACAGCAAGCGGUCACUGAAAAGUGAUUCGAGCAUUGGUGAUGAUCCUGAAUUUGUGGAUGAGUCGGACCGCUCUUCCAAGGCGCUGCGGGGAAAGUUGACAUGCCAAGAGGAUGACAUGCUUCGAAGCUCUUCCGAGGCAAUAUAUUUCCCUACAUUUGCUGUGGAUAGCCAGAAGGCCAGAGACCGUUUCAACAGAGAUUACAUUCCAGGGAUCAGGUGGGCGCAGGUGAAGCAGACCUUGCAAAUGCGGGCAGACUUGCCGCUGAUACCUCUGUACACCUGGCCUCACCGCCGCCCAGCGGAGGUUGCUCUGCUUGCUAUCAGGGACCGUGAGAGAAAGCACUGGGUUCAAGAAGCAGCUGACGACUGGGUUUUCAUGGGCCAGUUCAAGGAGCUCGCACAGGACAUGAUGCUGGGAGAAGUGCACCGGCCUGACGACGGCGGCAAGCGAGUAGCUUUGACGGGAUAUUUGCCUGCUCGCAUCCCCAGGCUGCAUCAGACCUUUCUGCGUCCGCUGGCUGUGUGGCAGCAAAUGCCAGAGCAGUCUGAUCAGCUCAAGCGCGAGAAGCUGGAGCUUGGAAAUGCCAUGCUGCAGCUGCUUAAAGAGGCAGCACAGCGCUGUCCAAGCGCGCUGUUGGAGCCCAUGCUUACAAACACAAGGCACGGUCAGGAGAUGACCGGCUUCUUGUUGGUUGGCCUCCAGGAUGCCCGGGAGAUCAAGGCAGUGCUGUACUCUGCAUCCGCUUGGGCAGCUUUGCUGGAAGCGGCAACGUCUUCAAGCGAGGCGGCAGCUGCCAUCGCAAGCUUGCCAAUCGCCCAGUUGCUGCAGAGAAUGCUCUGGUCGGCAGCACGCAUGGACUACAACGAUAUCCAGUCCCAGAAAGUGCUCAGCGAGGCUGCCUCGAUUCUGCGGUCGGUGAUGAACCCAAGAGUGCAGCCACAGGCGCAGCUCGAACAGACAAAGGAAGCCUUCCAGCAAUCGCUGGUUGGAGCCUUGCCCGGUCUACAGUCGGAAAUCGGCCCGCGGCAGCUCGGAGAGGUUCUGUUGCAAGAGGCACCGCUGAAGGAUGUCCGCACCACGUUGCAGCAGUGCAUGCUGCAGUGGCAGCGCGUUGCCUUGUUUUGGGACCCGCCGGCUAGCUGCACACUGGCGACAGCUUUCGCCAUGGGGUGGACCUUCGUGCCGUGGCUUCUGCUGAUAUCUCGGGCAUCUGGCAUAGACAAGCCGGAGGGAUGCUCGGACGAAGCUUGGAACUUCGUUUGCCUUGGUGCACUCUCUUGUGCAGAUCUCGCCACUGCUGGCAUCACCUGCACAGGUAUCGGCAGUCUGGACACCUGUUCUACAGCGUGUGCCAGCCCAUGCUGUGUGACAACCACAACCACCACACAGACCGUGACAGCAACGACUGUCACCUCGGUGACACACACGGAGACCAGCACCAGCAUCUCCGAAACUGCCACCACCACGCACACGCUGACAGAGACAUCAAUAACUUCCACUGCAAGCGAAACCUCUACUCACACAGCAACAGAAACAGAGACCAUGACAACAACGGCAACCCACACAAUUACUCACACCAUAACCGAGAUCUCCGAAUCCACAGUGCCACCGAGCACCACCACGGAGAUUGAACCUGCAGCGGUGGAGAGGCUGUCCGUCCGUGCGGUCGUCACAGAUGUGACGAUGUACGUGGAUUACAUAAGAGACUCCAGAAUCAUCAACGCCUACAAACACGUCAUGGAGGAUAUUUCCGGUCUCAGUGAGCACUGGAUCGCUUUGCAAAUGUUUCCUGGUGCCGCUGGCAACAUCACAGUCGACUACAUUCUGACAGUGCCCUUCGUAGAGGGAGCGGGUGGCGAAUUGGUACCCAUUGUGCCUGUAGAGCAGGUGCAGGGCAAGCUUGAUGCGGUCACUCCAGAGACUUUCAACACAAUGCUGAAAGAGAAAGUUGACGAAGCCACCGGUGCUGGGACGCAUUCUCAGAAGGUCGUGAGCUUCGAGCAAGACACCUCCGAUUCGGGCAACGGCAGCGUCAGCAGCGCACUGCGCUUGGGCGGGCCCUUAAAGUGCUCACUGGCGAGCAUUAUUUUUUUGAUGUUGGCUUCGAUUGUCGGCAGCUAA